AUGUGGGAAGCCGGCAUCAAAUGCGUGAAACACCACGUGCGUCACGUACUGCGAAACAAUUCUCUCACGUUUGAGGAGUACACGACGCUGCUCUGUCGGAUCGAAGCCUGUCUCAAUUCGCGAUCGAUCGAGCCAAUGUUCGACUCGUUCGACGAUUACGAGCCGCUCACGCCCGGUCAUUUGCUCGUCGGAUCCGAUAUCGGUCUGCCUUCGCCGUCGACUCUCCACAUCUCGGAAAAUCGCCUGACGCGUUGGCAACUCGUGCGGCAUCUAACCGAGCGGUUUUGGCGGGUGUGGUAUCACGAUUACGUGAACACGCUGCAACAACGAGGAAAGUGGAGGAAGGUGCAGCCGUCUGUCAAUGUCGGACAACUGAUCUUGAUCCGCAAUUCAACCUUGCCGCCGUGCAAGUGGGAAUUGAGGCGAGUGACUCAGUGUCACCCCGAUCCCGACAGGCUCACCCGUGUGGUUACCGUCCGCACCGCGAAUUCCACCCUUCAACGGCCGAUCGUCAAAAUAUGCCUGCUGCCAAUCAAUUGCGAGAUCGAAGAGUGA